AUGUCUCGCCAGUCCUGUGCCCGAAGCAUUGGAGGAGGGAACAAGGGAUUCAGCUCCAGCUCUGCCUGCUUUGGGGGUGCAAGCAGAGUCAGCUUCAACACUGUGUCCACAUCCCGUGGAUGUGCCGCCCGCAGUGGAGCUGCUAGUGGGGGCGGCGGCGGCUUCGCCAGCAGGAGCCUGUAUAAUCUAGGGGGCAACAAGAGAAUCUCCAUUGGUGGAUUUGGUGGCAGUGGCUAUGGUGGGGGCGGAUACGGUGGGGCCUUCGGUGGUUAUGGCCAAGGCGGUGGCGGCUUUGGAGUUGGCGGUGGCGGCUUUGGAGUUGGCGGUGGCUUUGGCGGAGGACUUGGUGGUGGCUUUGGGGGUGCAGGAGGCCCUGGGUUUGCAGUGUGUCCCCCUGGAGGCAUCAAAGAGGUCACCAUCAACCAGACCCUCCUGCAGCCCCUCAACCUGGAGAUAGAUCCAGAGAUCCAAAAAGUGAGAACAGAAGAGAGGGAGCAGAUCAAGACCCUGAACAACAAGUUUGCCUCCUUCAUUGACAAGGUCCGUUUCCUAGAGCAACAGAAUAAAGUCUUGGAGACCAAGUGGAAACUCUUGCAAGAACAGGGCCACGGGACUGGCUCCAGUCAAAAGAAUCUUGAUCAGCUCUAUGAAGCUUAUAUCAAUAACCUCAGGAGGCAGCUGGAUGGUCUUCAAAAUGAGAGGAGAGGCUUGGAAUCAGAGCUUAAAAACUUCCAAGACCUUGUGGAAGAUUACAAGAACAAAUAUGAAGAAGAAAUCAACAAGCGUACUUCAGCAGAGAAUGAUUUUGUGCUCUUGAAAAAGGAUGUGGAUGCUGCUUACAUGACCAAAGUAGAACUGCAAGCGAAACUGGACGCCUUGACAGAUGAAAUCAACUUCCUGACAUGCUUGCAUGAAGCUGAGCUGAGCCAGAUGCAGCAGACAGUUUCCGACACUUCCGUUGUCCUUCAAAUGGACAACAACCGCAACCUGGACUUGGACAGCAUCAUUGCAGAGGUCAAAGCUCAGUAUGAGGAGAUUGCCAAUAAGAGCCGAGCAGAGGCAGAGUCUUGGUACCAAGGAAAGUAUGAAGAGCUGCAGGUGGUAGCUGGGAAACAUGGUGACAAUCUUCGUGACACCAAGACUGAGAUCUCUGAGCUUAACCGGAUGAUUCAGAGGCUGCGAUCUGAAAUGGAUAAUGUAAAGAAGCAGUGUGAGAAACUGCAGGCUAACAUUGCAGAAGCUGAGGAGCGUGGUGAGCUGGCACUCAAGGAUGCCAGGGACAAACUGGCUGAGUUGGAGGAUGCUCUGCAGAAGGCCAAGGAGGAGAUGACCCGACUCUUGAGGGAGUACCAGGAACUGAUGAAUGUCAAGCUGGCCCUGGAUAUUGAAAUUGCCACCUAUAGAAAGCUGCUGGAAGGGGAGGAGAGCAGGAUGUCCGGAGAGUGUCAGAGUGCUGUGAGCAUCUCUGUGGUUGGCUCUACCACUAGCACCUCUGCUGGAGGAUAUGGUGGUGGAUUCGGUGGUGGAUUCGGUGGUGGAUACGGAGGAGGAGUAAGCUUUGGAGGAGGAUCUGGUGGCCUUGGAGGAGGUUUCAGCUCUGGAAGUGGAAGAGGUGUCUGCAGCUUAGGUGGUGGUGGUGGUGGUGGAGUUUCCUCCAUCGGAGGAGGAGGAUAUUGUUCCGGAGGAGGAGGAUAUGGUUCCGGGGGCACCAUUGUGAAAAAGACCACCACAUCCACGUCCAUCAGGUCUUCCAGCAGGAAAUAGAAAGCAAGCAAGCCAAAGACAACAGAACCAUGGAUGAAAGAAGCCCCCUUCUGAUGAUCUCUGCCAAGCCACGCUGAACCCAACCUUGGCACCCUUCAGAGAAAUAGACUGUGUCCCUUACAGCCACUAUCCCUGUUCUUCUGGAAUUUUUUAAUGUCUUGCAUUCUUUGUCCUUAGCUCACUGUUGAUACAUUUCAUGGCCCAGUUGUACAUCAGGAAGUACCAGUCAAGGCAGCUGAUAGGAAAGACACUAAGGCUGUGUUUACAUGAACAGAACAGCAUUAAGCGGUGCUACAGAGCCUAUUUAGGACCAUGUGUGCCUUACUUCUACAUCUUUCACACACCUUUUCUCUGUAGUGUAGUUUUCCCAUGUUGCCCUCCAGGGAGUGGGAUGUUUGUCUUAGAUAUCCCAAAGUUCCCCUUGACUCUUCUUUCAAGUAAAGAGAUGGUCCUUCCCUCCAUGGUGGAUUGAGGCAACCUGAGAAGCGCUGGAACAUGUUUUGCUCAGAUUGUCAUGAUGUUCCAGGAGUAUAGAUAUUUGAUUCUCGUGAUUUUGGAAGAGUAGUCUUUGCUCUAUUUUCUCCAUAUUUCCAGCCCCCUGACUGAGAACUGAAGAGGAAAUGGUGCGACUGUAAACUACAUCAAAGCUACUAUUCAUGUGAAUGUGGCUGUAGAGCUCUGCAUACUCAUACAAAUCAUGAGAAUCAUGCUUGGUCCGCUUCUGUGAUGACCUGCCUGUAGUUCUGCUGAGUGAUCAUGGGUUUUCAAAGGACUCUGUAAAACUAUUGGAAGCUAAAAAGUUGGGACAAAUGACCAAGCCACAGUUAAGUUCUCUUAAGUUCUGCUGCUUUCAGUGGGAGCAUUUAAGUGUUUUUGUCAGUCCCGCCUAUCAAAAUGAAAGGGAGUUGUACUGAUUCAUUUUAAUGCCCCACUUUGCUCUUUCUCUUUCUCUCCCCUGUUUUGUAAUAUUUCCUUUCUUGUUUUUUGUUUUGGUGGUGAUUCUUUUUCUCUGGUGUGAUCAUCUGCAUCUCAUUAAACUC